UUAGGAACGUUUUUAACAUUCUUUUCUUUGUACUAUUAUUUGCUUGCAGUUUGCAUAUCAAUUUUUUAAGCAGCAUGCGAUGACGACUUUCAACCAUCUUCGAAGAAGAUCUGCUAAAACUCUACAAUUUUUACAAUCAAAUAAGUAUAAUGGUUAUAACAACUUUAGAUUGUGUUUACGAAGUGAAUCAACAUUUGUACCGAAGCGAGUGCUCAUUGUAGCGAAGUUGUCGCGAUACCAUUUUGAAAAACUACGGGAACCAAAUUUAAAUGAAGAAGAAUUAAAAGUAAAAUUACGGGAAAGAGGUUCUAAUUAUGAUGGAAUGUUGGCUAGUCAUAUAGCAACCCAAAAUGUAAAAUAUCAAGUAACUGAAGUCUUAAAAAAAAUGAACAUAGAAUAUAAAAUAAUUAAUAGGGAAAAUUUAGAUAGUUCAAAUUUUGUUUGGGCUGAUCUAAUUCUACCGAUUGGUGGAGAUGGCACUUUUUUAUUAGCCUCUAAUAUGAUAUUUGAUAACAAAAAACCAAUAAUUGGUAUUAAUUCAAAUCCGGAAAGGUCCGAAGGGUUUCUUAUGUUACCGCCGAAGUACACAAGUAACAUACCGGAAAUUUUUGAAAUGUUAAAAGCAGGUAACUAUAAUAUAAAAAUGAGACGGAGAAUUCGUACUACGAUAAAAGGAGAUAAUAUUUGGGAUAGCCCUUUCCACACUCAUGAAAAAGGACGUGUUGUAGGUGGAGAAAAAUUUUAUACGCAAAAUUUGGAGAAAGAUAUACCGAAUAAUUUACCAAAAGAAAGACGUUUGCCUUGGUUAGCAUUAAAUGAAGUAUUUAUAGCAGAAUCACUUUCUGCUAGAACAAGUUCAUUACUUAUAAAAAUAGAUAAGGAAGAUAAAUAUCAUUUAGUGAAAAGCUCUGGUCUAUGUGUUAGCACAGGAACAGGAUCAACAUCUUGGUAUAGAUCUAUAAAUAGUAUUAGUCCACUAACAGUGCAAGAAAUACUGAAGCUUUUCAAUGAAAAAGAACAAUUUAGCAACUAUACAAUUGAAAAAAUUUGUUCCACUUUUAAUAAUAGCUUACAUUUCGGCGCGGAGGAAUUAAAAUUAUGUUAUGCUAUAAGAGAUAUGAUAGUAACUGAUAUUUGGCCUACUCCAAAAUACAUACAUCCACGAGGAUUUUGUAAUAAGUUAACAAUACGAUCGCAGUGUUUCGAUGCUAGUAUAGUCAUUGAUGGUGGUAUAGCGGUGCCGUUUAAUUUUGGAACUACAGCAGUAUUGGAAGUUUAUCCCGAAGAUUCUUUGCAGGCUUUAAUCCUUCCAGAUUAA